AUGGAGGAUUAUAUCGAAUAUAUACUAUGUGGAGAAAUAUUGGCAUCAACUUCAAUAUCUUCCAAAGAUCAAUAUUUUCUAAAAUGCAACGAAUGCAAUGGUUAUUAUUCCACUCUCGAUGAGUUCAUUGUUCAUCAUCAGUCGAAUCAUAACGAUGAGACAUUGGAUGGUUCACAAGCUGAAUUGAUAGAGGAGGAAAAUGAAGAAUAUUUGGAAAUCUAUUCACCUUUGUCGGUCAAGUCAGAGCAACCGGAUAAAGGUUGUGCUGAUAAACAUGUUAAGCUGUCUACAAAGGGCGACUGUGAAAACAAAACAGAGAUUGUGGAAGAAGGUUGUGCUGAUGGACAUGUUAAACAGUCUCCAAAGGGCGAUUGUGAAAACGAAACAGAUGUUGUGGAUAUAAAAUCAAAUAGUUCACCUCAACAUUCAAAGGAAUUACCUGUUGAUAAUUGUAUAAAAGAUGAAAUAGAUGAUGGGGAAGGUUUUAAAGGAUUUGAAAGUGAAGAUAUGGCUGCAGAUGAUGAUGAGAUGGACCCUCUAGAGCAAUCAUUGGGCAAGGAAAUGGAAGAUCAGCUAAAUGAAGAAGACAAUGAGUAUAUUUGUUCCGAAUCAGAAGAUGAGAAAAACUUCAUGGCAUUUAUAGAGGCAUAUAAAAAACAGCCACGUCUAUGGAAUUGGAAACAAUACCCGUCAAAAUUUAAAACCAACAAAGAACGUGAAAUCUAUUGGUCAAAAAUUUCUAAUGAUAUCAAAAAUAAUUUAAAUAUCGACAUGACCAGUAGCUAUGUAUCAGCUGUCAUACGGCGUAUUCGAAAUGGCUAUGCUAUUAAAUUAAACCGCCUCAAAUCGAAUGAGCAACGUGGUGGUACACUAAAGAGUAGAACAAUUCCACAAUGGUAUUUCGAUAAAAUGCAAUUUCUUGAACCAUUUUUGAAUAAUUAUUCAAUUGUUGAAAUUGGUGCACAACGAAAAUCAUUAGAAUCGAAACAGAUCACACAAAUUCUACAGAUAUAUAAAAGGUUUCCGCAUUUAUGGAAUACAAAUUUAGUGGAAAAUGUUUGUACCAAUAAACGGAACGAUGCUCUGAAUCAAAUGAUAAAAACCCUAAAGGAGGAAAUGUCACUGCAGGUGGAUGAGAUUGCUCUUAAGAAAUAUUUGUAUUGCAUUCAUGGCCACUUUACGACCGAAAAAUCCAAAAUGCAAAACCAGAAGUCUUCAUCCAAAGACAUAUCGAUGUAUUAUGAACACAUGACAUAUUUAGAUGAACACGUUGGCCCUUUCUUUUGUUCAGAGUGUAAUAAGAAACACAAGAACCCAUUGCAGUUGAAAGUCCACGAAGCACUGGCACAUGGCCUGGAACCGCUGAAAUGCCCACUCUGUACGAAAACAUAUACCAAUGUCCAGGCGUAUACAUUUCAUGCUCGACGACACAUGAACGACACCAGUGAAAUGUGUAAAAUUUGCGGUAAAACAUUUAUAAAAGUUGUAGACCUAAAGGCUCACAUGCGUGGACACAAUGGCAUCAAACCGUAUUUCUGUGAAAUAUGUGGUGCCUCGUUCACGAUGCCAUCAUCGUUGACGGAACACAAAAAACGACACGAUACAGAAAGUAAAGAGCAUUGUACAAUUUGUUCCAAAGAGUUCUUUAGCAAGCGCCGACUGAAUAUGCAUCUUCUAACUCAUUCGAACGAAAGAAAUUUCAUUUGCAAUAAUUGCGGCAAAGCCUUUAAAACUAAGAAAACCAUGCGAGCACAUGAAACGAUUCACGAAGAUAGUCGAAAUCAUCCCUGUCCCGUUUGUGGUAAAAUGUUUAAAAAUAGAAUUGGUGUUACACAGCAUUUGAGAACGCAUCGGAAUCAAGCUGAAACUUCAUCAAAUCCCUUUAUAGAUAGUUGA